AUGGGAGGACCAGAAAAGCAGUUCUCGUGGACGCAGUUUUUCCCACCAAAGCCCCAUUUUACUGACCAGAACAUACCAAAUGACCUACAAGGCAAGGUCUAUGUCGUGACGGGCGCCAACAGUGGCAUGGGCGAGGCGCUGGCCCAAGUCCUCUACGCCAGAGGUGCCAAGGUCUACGCUGCGUGCCGUUCCGAGAAGAAGGGCAACGAGGCCAUUGCCAAGAUCAAGAAAGCCGUACCCGGGUCACGAGGCGACUUGGUCUUGCUGCUUCUGGAUCUAGCUGAUUUAUCCAACGUGCAAGCUGCAGCCAAAAGGUUUCUGUCGUCCGAGAGCAAGCUUCAUGUUCUUUUCAAUAACGCGGGAGUCAUGACGGGGCCCAAUACAUCUCCAACAGAAACUGCGCAAGGCCACGAGUUGGCCUUGGGUGUCAACUGCGUUGCCACGUUUCUUUUCACAAAACUAUUGACUCCUGCGCUGGUGGCAGCUGCAAAGGACGAGCCUGUGGGCAGCAGUGCAGUCCGUGUUGUCUGGCUCUCUUCUUUUGGUCUGGAGGCAUUUGCCCCCGAAGGACGAGGCAUCGAUCUCAACAACCUCGACUACCAUAUACCCCGAGAACCUAUCGAUCGCUACGGUAUUAGCAAAGCUGGAACCUGGCUGUUGGCUGUCGAGUAUGCCCGCCGCCACAAGGCCGACGGCAUCGUUAGUGUUGCCAUCAACCCAGGCAACCUCAAGACCGAACUUGCGAGGGACCAAGGCCUGGCUAUGAAGCUCAUUGCUGGUACACUCACCUAUCCUGUUAUGAAUGGGGUAUAUACUCAGCUAUAUGCGGGCUUUUCGUCUGAAGUAACCAACGAGAAGGUGGACUGGACCAAAGAAUGGAUCAUUCCCUGGGGACGAGUUGCGCCGCUCCGAGCCGACCUCCUACCGGCCACACUUCCCGUUAGUGAAGGCGGUAAUGGUAAUGCGCAGCAAUUCUGGGAGUGGAGCGAGCAGCAAGUGAAGGAUUUCUUGUGA